AUGGGUGCCAGCAGGCGGCAAGCCCUGCCCCUCUGGGCCCUCCUCCUGGCCGUCUCCUCCUCGGUGCAGCAGCAGCAGCCAGGUAGGGCCCUCCCCGCCCGGGGCAUCUCCCGAGCGGCCGCCCUGUGGCCUCCUGCGGGGCUGCCCGGGCCCAGCUCGCCCCCUCGUCCGUCCGGAGUCGGAGCGGCCACCCUGGAGGGCCUUCAGGGCACCCUUGGGGGCACCGCCGCGCUCCUGAGGCCACGAGCAGCCUCCAGGGGCUGCAGACGGGGCCGGAGAGGCCGGCCGGCUGGGGCAGGGGGAGCCUGGAUGUCUGUGGCCCUCCCGGGGCCGGCAGACCCCCAGCCGAUGCGUGCCAGCUCAGUGGCCCGAUCGGACCCGGCCUUCUUGCCUCCUCCCCGGCAGCCGAGCCCCAGGAAUGCUCAUCCCCGGAGGGUGGCCGCCGGCUGCUGCACUGGUCCAGGGCCACACCGUUGGGCAGGCCUCCCUCGCUGCCUCUGCUUUGGCCCUCGGCAUCCCUUCGUGGAAGUGGAGUGGCAAGCCCUGUAUGACACAUCGGACAUCCUGUAUGACUACCAAGGCCCUCUCCAGGAGCCGGGUGUUUCCUCAGGCAGCCUGCUCCAAGCCACGCUCCCUCCCAUGACCGCCAUCUCCACUGUCAAGACUCUGAAGUCGUCCCACAACGGCCGCGUGUGCAGCACGUGGGGAGACUUCCACUACAAGACCUUCGAUGGGGACAUCUUCCACUUUCCCGGCCUCUGCAAUUACGUCUUCUCCUCCCACUGCAAGUCGCCUUACGAAGACUUCAACAUCCAAAUCAGGCGUGUGCCGGGGCCCAACGCCACCACGGCCGUGAGCCGGAUCACCCUGAAGCUCGACGGGACGGUGGUGGAGAUGAACCAGGACGUCAUCCUGGUCCACGGCCGCCCGGUUCAGCUGCCUUUCAGCCAAGCGGGCAUCCUGGUCGAGAAGAGCGGCACCUCCGUGAAGGUCGUGGCCAAGCUGGGCCUGGUGUUCAUGUGGAACCAAGAUGACGGGCUCCUGCUGGAGCUAGAUGCCAAGUAUGCCAACCAGACCUGCGGCCUCUGUGGAGACUUCAAUGGCAUCCCCACCUACAACGAGCUCUUCUCCAAUGAUGUCAGACUGACAGCAGUGCAGUUUGGGAAUCUGCAGAAGAUGGACGGGCCCAUGGAGCAGUGCCAGGACCCCAUCCCAAGAGCCCCGCAGAACUGCACAGUUCCCUUUGACUUCUGUGGGGCCAUCCUCAACAGCGCCCCCUUCUUCGCCUGCCAUGCUCUGGUGGACGUCAGCAGCUACGUGGAGGCUUGCCGGCAGGACGUGUGCCUCUGCGAGGAAGCCCACUACACCGCCUGCAUCUGCAGCACCUUCGCGGAGUACUCCCGCCAGUGCGCCCACGCCGGAGGGCUGCCCGCCAACUGGAGGGCCCCCGACCUGUGCCACAAGACCUGCCCCUGGAACAUGCAGUACCGGGAGUGCGGCUCCCCCUGCAGGGACACCUGCUCCAACCCCGACCAGUCGCUGCUCUGUGAGGACCACUGCACGGACGGCUGCUUCUGCCCCCCAGGGACGGUGCUGGACGACGUGGCGGGCCGGGGCUGCGUGCCGGCGGAGCAGUGCUUCUGCACGUACAACGGGCAGUCCUUCGCUCCCGGGACCUUCUACUCCACUGAGUGCACCAACUGCACGUGCUCCGGGGGCAAGUGGAGCUGCCGGGACCUGCCCUGCCCCGGCACCUGCUCCGUGACGGGCGGCGCCCACUUCUCCACCUUCGACGAGAAGCACUACACGGUCCACGGGGACUGCAGCUACGUCCUGGUCAAGCCCUGCGGCGACGAGGCCUUCACAGUCCUGGCGGAGCUCCGCAAGUGCGGACUGACCGACAGUGAGACGUGCCUCAAGAGCGUGACUCUCAGCGUCGGGGGCGGCCACACGAUGGUCGUGGUCAAGGCCUCUGGGGAGGUGUUCGUGAACUGGAUCUACACCCAGCUGCCCGUCUCGGCCGGCAACGUCACCCUCUUCAGGCCUUCCUCCUUCUUCAUCAUCGCUCAGACCAACCUGGGCCUCCAGCUGACCAUCCAGCUCAUCCCCACCAUGCAAGUCUUUGUGCAGCUGGAGUCGUCCCUUCGGGGGCUGACCUGCGGCCUCUGUGGGAACUUCAACAGCAUCCAGGCGGACGACUUCAGGAGCAUGAGCGGGGUGGUGGAAGGCACGGCGGCGGCCUUCGCCAACACCUUCAAGACUCAGGCCGACUGUCCCAACGUCAGGAACCACUUCGAGGACCCGUGCUCGCUCAGCGUGGAGAACGGUGGAAAGUACGCCCAGCACUGGUGUGGCCUGCUCACUGACCCGCAGGGAGUCUUUGCCCUGUGCCACGCGGGGUCCAACCCAGCCCUGUACCACUCGAACUGCAUGUUCGACACGUGCAACUGCGAGAAGAGCGAGGACUGUCUGUGUGCGGCGCUCUCUUUCCUACGUGCAGGCCUGCGCCGCCCGGGGGAGUUGGUGCUGAGCGGCUGGAGGGCCGGAGUCUGCACCAAGCCCAUGAGCUCGUGCCCCAAGUCUCUGACGUACCGCUACAACAUCAGCGCGUGCCAGCCCACCUGCCGCUCGCUCAGCGAGCCCGACGUCACCUGCAACAUCAAGUUCUUCCCCGUGGACGGCUGCACCUGCGAGGAGGGCACCUUCCUGGACGCCGCGGGCAAGUGCGUGCCCGCGGACAGCUGCCCGUGCUACCACCACGGCUCCGUCGUGCCCAACGGAGAGUCUGUCCACGACAACGGGGCCCUGUGCACUUGCACCCAGGGCAGACUGGACUGCAUCGGAGGCCCAGUGCCCCAGCCGGUGUGCGCCGCUCCCAUGGUCUACUUUGACUGCAGCAAGGCCCCGGCGGGAGUCACGGGAGCCGAGUGCCAGAAGAGCUGCCACACGCUGGACAUGGCCUGUUAUAGCACCCAGUGUGUCUCUGGUUGCAUGUGCCCGGACGGGCUGGUGUCUGACGGAGAAGGAGGCUGCAUCCAGAAGGAGAAUUGCCCGUGUGUCCACAACGAGGCCAGCUACAAGGGUGAGACCAUCCAGGUGGAGUGCAACACCUGCACCUGCAAGAACCGAAUGUGGCACUGUACUGACGAGUCCUGCCUGGCCACAUGUGCCGUGUACGGUGACGGGCACUACAUCACCUUUGAUGGCCAGCGCUACAGUUUCAAUGGGGGCUGCGAGUACACUCUGGUCCAGGACCACUGUGGGAAGAACAGCAGCACCCAGGGCACUUUCCGAGUGAUCACAGAGAACAUCCCCUGCGGGACCACGGGCACCACCUGCUCCAAGGCCAUCAAGAUCUUCUUGGGGUGGAGCUAUGAGCUGAAACUCAGUGAAGGGAAGGUGGAGGUGGUGGAGAAGGGAGAUGCCAAGGAGGAGCCACCCUACAGCAUCCGCCAGAUGGGCAUCUACCUUAUCGUGGACACCAACAUGGGGCUGGUGCUGCUGUGGGACAAGAAGACCAGCAUCUCUGUCCAACUGAGCCCGGACUUCAAGGGGAAAGUCUGUGGGCUCUGUGGGAACUACGACGGCAACAGCAUCAACGACUUCACCACCAGGAGCCUCUCGGUGGUGGGCGACGUGCAGGAGUUUGGCAACAGCUGGAAGAUCUCCCCGUCGUGCCCGGAUGCUGCCUCCCCCAGGGACCCCUGCACCACCAACCCUUACCGCAAGGCCUGGGCCCAGAAGCAGUGCAGCCUCAUCAACAGCGACGUCUUUGCCGCCUGCCAUCCUCAUGUUGAACCCACCAAAUACUAUGAGGCCUGCGUGUCCGACGCCUGUGCCUGUGACACUGGUGGAGACUGUGAGUGCUUCUGCACAGCCGUGGCCGCCUAUGCCCAAGCCUGUAGUGAGAUCAACAUCUGUGUCUCCUGGAGGACGCCCAGUAUCUGUCCUCUGUUCUGUGACUACUACAACCCCAGCGGCUCCUGCGAGUGGCACUACCAGCCCUGCGGCGCCCCCUGCAUGAAGACUUGCCACAACCCAAGUGGGAAGUGCUCCCACAACAUCCGAGGCCUGGAAGGCUGCUACCCCAAAUGCCCGCCAAAGACCCCCAUCUUUGACGAAGACAAGAUGCAGUGUGUCCAGAGCUGUGCUCCCUGCUACCUCAAUGGAACGUACUACCCUCCAGGCUCCCCAGUACCCCUGCGCAAGAACUGCCAGUCGUGCUUGUGCACCGAGGCCGGCAUCGAAUGCACGUACGACUCAAGCGCGUGUACCUGCACUUACGAGGGAAAGCGCUUCCACCUUGGGGAGGUCAUCUACAACACCACAGAUGGCAUCGGGGGCUGCAUCGUCGCCACCUGCGGGCCCAACGGCACGAAAGAAGCGAAGGUGUACGAGUGCGGCGUCAGCACCCCGGCCCCCUUCACCACCUUCUCGGUCAUCUCCACCUCCGCCCCCUUCUCGGUCAUCACCACCCUGGGGCACCACUCCACCUUUCCGGGACAAUCAACUCCAUCAACGACUCUGCCUUCCACUGGAGAACCUUCAGAGGUUCCUAGCCGCACACCAGUCCCCUCUGAAGUCAGCACCAUCACACAGCCAGCCACCGUGCCCACGACAGACACUAGUGUCACACCCACGACUUCCCUGGAGAGCGUCAGCACACAGUCAGCAACCCCGGCUUGUGUUCAAGAGGUUUGCACGUGGACCCCUUGGCUGGACGUCAGCCACCCGGGAAGAGGAGCGAACAGUGGAGACUUCGAUACGCUGGAGAACAUCCGAGCUGCCGGCUAUCGAGUCUGCAAGUCCCCCAGGAAGGUGGAGUGCAGAGCUGCCGACUUCCCUGCCGUGCCCUGGCAGGAGCUCAAUCAAAACGUGACGUGCAGCCCAACAGAGGGGUUGGUCUGCCUUAAUAAGGAUCAGGUGUCCGGAAAGUGUGACAACUACCAGAUCAAAAUCCUGUGCUGCCUUUCUCAGCCAUGUGAGCCCCACACAGCCACGGCUACAGUGACAGCACCAGUGACCCCGGCCAAGUCAACUUUGAGCGCAACUUCGAUGCCAGAACACAGGGAAACUACAAAUACUCACCCUCCCGAAUCCACACCUUUUCCAUCAACAACGGGAACGGGGCCCUCUUCGUCCCCAGAGACACCCGGGACACCGGGGCUCCCUACUGAGGGGAAGCCGACACCGACGCCAACCAUUUGUCUUCAGGAAGUCUGUGAAUGGACACCCUGGAUAGAUGGGAGUUAUCCAGAACCAGACAUCGAUGGGGGAGACUUCGACACCUUCAAGGAUUUAAGAGCGAAAGGAUACCACUUUUGUGAUGUCCCCAAAGCAGUGGAAUGUAGAGCUGUGAGCUUCCCCAACACGCCUCUGAACGAGCUGGAGCAGAACGUGACGUGUAGCAAGACCGAGGGAUUCUUGUGCCUGAACAAAGAUCAGUUCCCACCCAUAUGUUACAAUUACGAGAUCCGAAUUCAAUGUUGUGAGCUCACAAAGUGUGGGAGAGAGCGGACCACCAAAACAACCUCAGAUUCUCACUGGAAACCAACGAGCAGCCCGGGAACAUCAACCACAGAGACUCCAAGCUCCCAUUCAGAUCGCCAAACAAGCACAGAACUUAAGCCCACAAUGCACCCCACCUGUGAGCCCCAGUGCUCGUGGACCAAGUGGUUUGAUGUUGAUUUUCCAAAAUCUGGCCCCAACAGUGGAGAUGUUGAAACCUACAACAACAUCAUGGCGAGAGGAGAGAAGAUCUGCCACAAACCCGAAUACAUCAGCCAACUUGAGUGCCGUUCAGAGACCCACCCGGAAGUUAGCAUCCAGGAGAUUGGUCAGGUGGUAGAGUGCAACCGUGACUAUGGGCUCGUCUGCAGGAACCAGGACCAGAAGGGGAAAUUCAAGAUGUGUUUCAAUUAUGAGAUCCGUGUUCUCUGCUGUGAACCCAUGGAGAACUGUUCCACCACCACAACCACAUCAGUCACCACAAAGACAAGUCACGAGAUAACCACUAACUUUGUGCCUUCCACCACCACAGUUCCUGAGACAAGCACGUAUUUUGUGCCCUCCACUGCCACAAGUCCUGAGACAACCCCCCAUUCUGUUCUCACCGCCACCACCUCACCUCCAUCCUCACCCCUAAAUACAACGAUAUCAGUUUCCACUUCAAUCCAAGAGCACUCAAGCACUAGCCCUGUGACAAAACCACCCACAUCUCAUCCAAUGACACCCGCUAGCACAUCUACUCAACCAAUACCCCCCAACUGUGAGCCCCAGUGCUCAUGGACCAAGUGGUUUGAUGUUGAUUUCCCAUCAUCUGGACCCAACAGUGGAGAUGUUGAAACCUACAAUAACAUCAUCAGAAGAGGAGAGAAGAUCUGCCACAAGCCUGAUUAUAUAACGCGGCUUGAAUGCCGGGCACGGGACCAUCCCCAUGUCAACAUUGAGAAAAUAGGACAAGUAGUAGAAUGCAACCCUGACUAUGGGCUCGUCUGCAGGAACCAGGACCAGAAGGGGAAAUACAAGAUGUGUUUCAAUUAUGAGAUCCGUGUUCUCUGCUGUGAACCCAUGGAGAACUGUUCCGCCACCACGGCCACAUCUCCAACCACCCCCACAACCACAUCAGUCACCACAAAGACAAGUCACGAGAUAACCACUAACUUUGUGCCCUCCACCACCACAAGUCCUGAGACAACCUCCCCUUCUGUUCUCACCACCACCACCUCACCCCUAACUACAACAAUAUCAGUUUCCACUGCAACCCAAGAGCAUUCAAGCACUAGCCCUGUAACUACAAGGACAAAACCAUCCACAUCUCAUCCAAUGACACCCUCUAGCACACAUGUCCAGCCACCAUCUCCCACCUGUGAGCCCCAGUGCUCGUGGACCAAGUGGUUUGAUGUUGAUUUCCCAAAAUCUGGCCCCAACAGUGGAGAUGUUGAAACCUACAACAACAUCAUGGCGAGAGGAGAGAAGAUCUGCCACAAACCCGAAUACAUCAGCCAGCUUGAGUGCCGUUCAGAGACCCACCCGGAAGUUAGCAUCCAGGAGAUUGGUCAGGUGGUAGAGUGCAACCGUGACUAUGGGCUCGUCUGCAGGAACCAGGACCAGAAGGGGAAAUUCAAGAUGUGUUUCAAUUAUGAGAUCCGUGUUCUCUGCUGUGAACCCAUGGAGAACUGUUCCACCACCACGGCCACAUCUCCAACCACCCCCACAACCACAUCAGUCACCACAAAGACAAGUCACGAGAUAACCACUAACUUUGUGCCCUCCACCACCACAGUUCCUGAGACAAGCACGUAUUUUGUGACCACCACCACCACCACCGCCACAAGUCCUGAGACAAGCACCAUUAUAGUUCCUGAGACAAGCACGUAUUUUGUGCCCUCCACCACCACAGUUCCUGAGACAAGCACGUAUUUUGUGCCCUCCACCGCCACAGUUCCUGAGACAAGCACGUAUUUUGUGACCACCCCCACCCCCACAGUUCCUGAGACAAGCACGUAUUUUGUGACCACCACCACCGCCACAAGUCCUGAGACAAGCACCGAUUUUGUGCCCUUCACGACCACAGUUCCUGAGACAAUCUCCCCUUCUGUUCUCACCACCACCACCUCACCCCUAACUACAACAAUAUCAGUUUCCACUGCAACCCAAGAGCAUUCAAGCACUAGCCCUGUAACUACAAAGACAAAACCAUCCACAUCUCAUCCAAUGACAUCCUCUAGCACACAUGUCCAGCCACCAUCUCCCACCUGUGAGCCCCAGUGCUCGUGGACCAAGUGGUUUGAUGUUGAUUUCCCAAAAUCUGGCCCCAACAGUGGAGAUGUUGAAACCUACAACAACAUCAUGGCGAGAGGAGAGAAGAUCUGCCACAAACCUGAAUACAUCAGCCAGCUUGAGUGCCGUUCAGAGACCCACCCGGAAGUUAGCAUCCAGGAGAUUGGUCAGGUGGUAGAGUGCAACCGUGACUAUGGGCUCGUCUGCAGGAACCAGGACCAGAAGGGGAAAUUCAAGAUGUGUUUCAAUUAUGAGAUCCGUGUUCUCUGCUGUGAACCCAUGGAGAACUGUUCCACCACCACGGCCACAUCUCCAACCACCCCCACAACCACAUCAGUCACCACAAAGACAAGUCACGAGAUAACCACUAACUUUGUGCCCUCCACCACCACAGUUCCUGAGACAAGCACGUAUUUUGUGACCACCACCACCACCACCGCCACAAGUCCUGAGACAAGCACCAUUAUAGUUCCUGAGACAAGCACAUAUUUUGUGCCCUUCACCACCACAGUUCCUGAGACAAGCACAUAUUUUGUGCCCUCCACCCCCACAGUUCCUGAGACAAGCACGUAUUUUGUGACCGCCACCACCGCCACAAGUCCUGAGACAAGCACCGAUUUUGUGCCCUUCACGACCACAGUUCCUGUGCCCUUCACGACCACAGUUCCUGAGACAACCUCCCCUUCUGUUCUCACCACCACCACCUCACCCCUAACUACAACAAUAUCAGUUUCCACUGCAACCCAAGAGCAUUCAAGCACUAGCCCUAUAACUACAAGGACAAAACCAUCCACAUCUCAUCCAAUGACACCCUCUAGCACAUAUGUCCAGCCACCAUCUCCCACCUGUGAGCCCCAGUGCUCGUGGACCAAGUGGUUUGAUGUUGAUUUCCCAAAAUCUGGCCCCAACAGUGGAGAUGUUGAAACCUACAACAACAUCAUGGCGAGAGGAGAGAAGAUCUGCCACAAACCCGAAUACAUCAGCCAGCUUGAGUGCCGUUCAGAGACCCACCCGGAAGUUAGCAUCCAGGAGAUUGGACAGGUGGUAGAGUGCAACCGUGACUAUGGGCUCGUCUGCAGGAACCAGGACCAGAAGGGGAAAUUCAAGAUGUGUUUCAAUUAUGAGAUCCGUGUUCUCUGCUGUGAACCCAUGGAGAACUGUUCCACAACACCCACCCCAACCUCCAUGACAACCAUUUCUAGAACUACAUCAGUCACUACCUCCACUCCAUCUACUAUGACCCCAACGAUAUAUGUUGCCACAAGCUCUACCCCCUUGUCUACACAUACAAGUACUCCUUGUUUCUGCUUCCUAUCCGGAAAAGUCUACCCAUCUGGAACUCUGAUUUACAACCGGACUGACAAUGCGGGGCAUUGCUACUCUGCCAUUUGCAAUGACGACUGUACUGUGGAGAGAAGAGCAGAGGUGUGUUCCACUUCGGUUGCUCCUCCAGUCCCAACUACGCCUACAUCUGGGUCCACACCAGAAUCCACUCCCACGUCGCCAUCAGUGUCUCCUUCUCAUCCUCCAGCUACAACAGGAAAAACAGGAUCAGAUUGUCUCAAUGUAGUACCACCAAGAAAGAAAGGAGAGACUUGGCUCCUGCACAAGUGCCAGAAAGCCACGUGCGAGGGGGACAACGUGAUCACCCUAAGCCCUGUGAGCUGCCCUGCCGUGAAGAAGGUGGCCUGUGCUAACGGCUACCCUCCUGUGAAGGUUUACGACGACGCUGACCACUGCUGCUACCAUUACGAAUGCCAAUGUGUGUGCAGUGGCUGGGGAGAUCCUCACUACAUCACCUUUGAUGGCGUCUACUACACUUUCUUGGACAACUGCACCUAUGUCCUAGUACAACAAAUCUACGCCAUCUACGGCCAUUUCCGGGUGCUCAUCGACAACUACUUCUGUGAUGCCCGCGACGGGCUAUCCUGUCCUCGGUCGAUCAUCGUCGAGUACAGGGACAAUCGCAUCGUGCUCACCCGCGCCCUGGUCCGUGGGGUGAUGGAGAACGAGAUUAUCUUCAACAACCGGACCAUCGGUGCCGGGUUCAAGCAAGACGGCAUCGUGAUCUCCACCCUGGGCAUUAACAUGUACGUCACCAUCCCAGAGAUUGGCGUCCAAGUCAUGUUCAGCGGGCUGCUCUUCUCUGUGGAGGUGCCCUUCACCAAGUUUGCCAACAACACAGAAGGCCAGUGUGGGACUUGUACCAACGACAAGAGAGACGAGUGCCGCCUGCCUGAUGGGAAGGUUGUGUCCUCCUGCUCGGAAAUGUCCGGCUCCUGGAAGUACAGCGUGCCCGGCCAGCCUUACUGUGCUAAGAGGCCGCCCCCGACCCCGACAGCGCCGCCCACCACGCCCAGGCCGUGCCCACCGUCCCCUCUCUGCCUGCUGAUCAUGAGCGAGGUCUUCGAGCCGUGCCACAGCAUCGUCCCGCCGCAGUUCUACUUCGAGGGCUGCGUGUAUGACCAGUGCCACAUCCCCGAGGCCAGGGUGGGCUGCUCCGGCCUGGAGCUCUACGCCUCCCUCUGCGCCGCGCAAGGCCUGUGCAUCGACUGGAGGGGCGAGACCCACGGCCAGUGCUCGUUCACGUGCCCUGCUGACAAGGUGUACCAGGCGUGCGGCCCCAUCUACCCGCCCACGUGCCAGAGCCCCGAGGGGAGCCUCAACACCAGCCUGACCCUGGCCGAAGACCUCAGCCGAGUCACCGAGGGAUGCUUCUGCCCCGCCGGCACCACCCUCUUCAGCUUGAGCUCCAAAGUCUGCGUGCGAGCCACCCCCUCCGAGUGCCAGUCCUGGUGCACAGGCCCCCACGGAGAGCCCGUGCAGCCUGGCACCGUGGUGUUCUCGGAUCCCUGUAAGACGUGCAGUUGUGACCCCGAAGGCAGCCCCGAGUCCAGGACACACAGCAUCCAGUGCAACGUCAAAGUCUGCGAGACCCACUGCCCGCUGGGCUACAGGAUGGAGAAGGUGCCAGGCAAGUGCUGCGGGAUAUGCGUGCCGUUUGCCUGCGUGGUGCAUUCCAAUGGCAGCUCGGUGCAUUCCAAUGGCAGCUCGGUGCAUUCCAAUGGCAGCUCGGUGCAUUCCAAUGGCAGCUCGGUGCAUUCCAAUGGCAGCUCGGUGCAUUCCAAUGACAGCUCGGUGCAUCUGGUCCAGCCGGGGGAAACCUGGUCCAGUCCCGGGGAUAAAUGUGUCCAGUACGAAUGUGAGAGAGUCAACGGGCAGCUCAUUUUGGUGACUGUGAAGAAGGCCUGUCCCCCCGCCCUCUGCUCGCCGGAACAAGUCAGGUGGAGUGAAGAUGGUUGCUGUCUGGUGUGUCCCCCACCUCCCCAGGUUUACCACUGCGACGUGGGCCGACGCACACAAGUCAUCCGGAAGGGUGGCUGCAGCUCCACCAGCCCAGUGGAAGUGACUUACUGCCAGGGCAACUGCGGUGACACGACCUCCAUCUAUUCCUUCAAGUCCAAUGUGUUGGAGCACAGCUGCAAGUGCUGCCGAGAGCUGAGGACCAGCCAGAGGAACGUGUCGUUGAGCUGCCCCGACGGCUCCAGCCUGGCCGUCCUCUUCACCCAGGUGGAGGAGUGUGGCUGCCAGCACCUGCGAUGUGAUGACGUGCAUGGUGGCAGGAGCGAUGAGGACAGUGGAGAGAGUGAGGCCAUCCAGGAGCAGAGCCAGGAACAGGGGCCGCGCCAGCCUCCCCAUGGGGGCCAGGCCCUGCGUUGGCGAAGGGCCACCCACAGCCUCCAGCCCCAAAGAUAAAAGGACACCAGGACUUCCCUGGGGGAGGGCCAGGGCCCAAACCGCCCACUCCUGGGCCUACUGGACAUCUCCGUUGCCCCCUGACCGCCCCUCCAUUACCCAGCUAGUUUAAGCCUCUUUGUGGCUGUUCCCCGAUGCUUCCAGAGCUCCAGGCAGCUUGCCCCCUUGCCCCUGUGGCUGGCCCUGUCCUACCAGAAGUCCUGUGUUGGCAGAUGGCUGGCUGGCCGGCGGGCAAGAUAAGCUGGAAGAAGAAGCUGGCAUUCUCUGGAGGUCUGGAACUGACCGGCACCGGCCUCCCGUGUCACCCAGAGCUGGGCCCAGUAACACUGAAUGGCAUCCCAAAUGCUGACCAAGGCCUUCCUGGAGCCCCCUUUGGCCCUUGCCCGGCAGCUGUGGCACGCAUGUUCUGUUUACACUGUGUCCGCCACCACCAGCGGCUCUUUGGGGCAGAGACAGAUGCCCAGCUGAGCAAAGGCUUCAAACGAAGGACUCUGAGGGUCUCCAACCCAGAGUUUGGGAGGCCCGCUCGGACACGUCCGACUGUAGGGAGUGGCGCCAGGUGCAGCUCUGCUCCCUGCCGUCGUCCCUGGCCUAGCCAGAGCUGUCUCCUUUCUUGGCCCUGCCGGCCUUCUCCUCAUCCAAAAAUGUUUGCCUGAUCCAUUAGAAAUAAACCUUCAGCAUUUUGCA